AUGCGUGUGUGUGUUGGGCUCCUGCCGAUCAACUCUACAACUUGUGACAGCGUGUGCCCUGGUUCAAAUAUUGAAACAAGAGCAUGCAAUACUCAUGAUUGUCCAGGUUUGCGAAUUGAAGAUUUAUACGAAGGAAGCUAAUGGAGCUAAGUCACAUAAGAAUUACUUAUCAAGAAACUUACUGAUUUGGUACAAUUUCCUUUCAGUUGAGUACAAUUCACUUGGUUGUUUUAAAGACAGUACUCCCCACGCCCUCCCGUUACUACUAAAAAGCUUCCGAAACAAUAUCGAUUGGAAUGACAUGACGAAAGUCGUUCGAGCAUGCGCAGAGAUCGCCAAAGAGCGUGGCCUUCCCGUAUUUGGAAUCCAGUUUUACGGCGAAUGUUGGAGUGGACUGGACGCCGAAAACACGUACAAUAAGUACGGACCUUCCGAAAACUGUUGGAAUGGAGUGGGAGAGAAGGGAACCUAUCAUGUGUACAAAAUAAGAGAGUAA